AGGCCUACAUUAUGUGGUCUUGUAAGGCGUGGCAACUGUAGAGAAGUUUAGCCCACAUUAUGAGUAAUAGACCAUGGUAGGGACAAAUAUAGUCUAUAGCCUAUGCAAGACGGGAUUUUCCUGCUGCAGUCAUGCAGGGAAUGGCAUUGUCAACGCAACUGAGUAGUGUAGGUGGUACCAUAACUGUAUAAAUUUGGAUGCAUUUCAUGAAGAAAUAUUAGGCUACUUUAUAGUCGUGUUCUGAUAUGGAGACGUGCGCGCUGAAUAGCAAUAUCCCCCAAGACGCAGUAAUUUCAAUGGCGCAGCAAGAGUCCGUUCUUGUCUUGCUCAAACACUGUCAAGAGAUGAGGCGACAUGAGAGUCUCUUGCGUUUUUUCACGGUAUUCUUGGUUAUUGGUUGUGCAGCUGUAUUUUUCUUUACGUACCAUGUGAUCAGAGACAGUAAUCAGAAGGAUACAUUUAAUCCUGCAGAAUACUCACGACAGCAAGAUCGUCAAGGACAGAAUCUGAAGAAGCCAAAUGCUCACCUGACAACACCAACAAGCUGCAACAACUCAGUGCCUGCAGAAUACAUCCAAUGGGAUCACCAAGACACCGGCUUGGUGCACAUGCAGGAUUUCACCUAUGACGAGAAGAAGCACGCUCUGGUUGUUCCUCGGGGAGGCCGAUACUUUGUCUAUGUGGGGAUCAACUUUAGAAUGCCGGAUAAGGAUGAGGUAUCUAGAGAGGUCCAAUUACUUAGCCUGAAAGUCCUGAAAUACUCCAAGAGCUACGAAGAUAAUCGCCCUAUCAUGGAAGUAAGGGAUAGUUUACCAGACGAUGGGAGAAGAGAGACAAGGACAGUGUACACAGGACAGGUGGUCACUCUGGAGGAAGGGGACCUCCUGCGGGUGUCGAUUUAUGAAGACAAUUAUGAACUGAUUGACUGUUCAGGAGAGACCACCAUGUAUUUUGGUGCUUUUCUCCUCUAGACAAGGAGAACGUGUCUAUGCCAAAAAUAUGCAGUUUUUGUGGAUUUUAAUUUUUUUAUUUCCAUGCAUACUUUUAGUAAGAUCAGUGCAUUUAUGUCUCAAGGCACAAUCCUUAUGGGUUUGGGGAUACAAAACACCUGUAACAUGCAGGUAUUAGUUUGUAAGGCUUUCCAUCUGACAAAGCUGACCUAUUUAAAUGUUUUAAUAAAUGUAUUAAUACAUUGAUUUCAUAGUAUGUACCGUUUGCUACCCAUCUCCCUUCUUGAUCAAGAUUAAUUAAAUUGUUGUUCAAGAAUUGUUGUUAAAUACCUUAUUAGGAUUUUAUAGAGUGUGGAGUGUAGUUCAAAUCCUAACUUGAUAUACAUGCACAUGUCAAACCUUUGCCUAACUCUUGAAUGCAAGUGUUGUGCAAGGGUCAAGGUAGGAUUUGACCUGUAGGCUACGGCCACACAGAGACAUAUGAAGAUGUAUGAAAAUGCAUGGGCAUCAUCAUUUUCUUUUUUUGGUCCAUUCAAAGUUUAAUUCCAGUCAACUAUUGUUGAAUACCCAAUACGCACAAAGAUUGAUAUACUGUGCGUUCUCUGUUGUCCAUCACCUGUUAACGGAUUACUCCCAUAGAAAACCCAUUGGCUGUAAGCAGUCUUACUUUGUCCAUAGACUGCUUACAGGGUAAGGAAACCAAUAUAUAAUUUUUGUAAUUGGGGUGAG